ACAAAUUUUAAAUAUUUUUUUUCUUAAAUUUCGUGUCAAAUUAAAAAAUUUGACACGUAAUAGGAAGGAGGGAGUGUUAUAUAAACCCAACACCAAAAAGCUUACAGAGCAUUUAAAUCACAAUAUCGAAAACAAUUUGUUUGAGGUCGAGGAAGAAGAGAACUCCACUACACAUGGCAUCCAUUUGGGUCAUACUAUCCCCAUGGACACCUUAUUUCUUUUCCUUCAUAGCUCUUCUUCUUCUUCUCGAACAAAUCUCUUACCUCAGAAAAAAACGUUUUCUUCCAGGCCCAACUAUAGUCUUCCCCUUUCUUGGCAACGUAAUUUCCUUAGUCACCAACCCCACCAAAUUCUGGGAUAUCCAAUCAGCUUUAGCCAAAUCUACUACCCAUGGUUUCUCUGCUAACUACAUCAUAGGUAAAUUCAUUAUCUAUAUCCAUUCAACUGACCUUUCUCACAAGGUCUUUGCUAAUGUUCGACCUGACGCUUUUCACCUUAUCGGUCACCCUUUUGGUAAAAAACUCUUUGGUGAACAUAACUUGAUUUACAUGUUUGGUCAAGAACAUAAAGACCUUCGUCGUAGAAUUGCACCAAAUUUCACCCCUAAAGCUCUUGCUACUUACACUUAUAUCCAACAGAAGAUUAUUCUUAAACACUUUAAGUCCUGGUUGGAUGAAGCUUCCAAAUUUCCUAAUGAACCAAUCCCACUUCGUUUCCUUUGUCGUGAUAUGAACUUGGAUACUUCACAAACUGUGUUUGUUGGUCCAUAUUUGGAUGAAGAAGCGAGAAAAAGAUUCAAUGUUGAUUAUAAUUACUUCAAUGUUGGGUUAAUGAAACUCCCUGUUGAUUUACCUGGUUUCGCUUUUAGAAACGCUAGGUUAGCUGUUGGGAGAUUAAUUGACACACUUUCAGUUUGUGUUGAGCAGAGCCAAAAGAAAAUGCAAAGUGAUCAAGAACCAACAUGUUUGAUUGACUUUUGGAUGCAAGAAAACUUAAGAGAGAUGAACGACGCUAAAACCACAGGUUUACAAAAGCCAUUUGAGUAUACAAACAAGGAACUUGGUGGAUACUUAUUUGACUUUCUAUUUGCAGCACAAGAUGCUUCAACUUCUGCUUUAUUAUGGGCUUUAGUACUAUUAGAUUCACACCCACAAGUUCUUGAUAAAGUCAGAACAGAAGUAGCAAAAUUCUGGUUACCCGAAAGUGAUCACGCGCUUACGGCGGAGAUGCUUAGGGAAAUGAAGUACUUAGAAGCGGUGGCGCGUGAGAUUGUAAGGAUUAGAGCUCCGGCAACUAUGGUCCCACACAUUGCUGGUCAAGAGUUUCAGUUAACUGAAAAUUACGUUAUUCCUAAAGGAACAAUUGUUUUUCCUUCGGUUUUUGACUCGUCAUUUCAGGGUUUUCCUGAACCGGAAAAGUUUGAACCGGACCGGUUUAUGGAAGGGAGGCAAGAGGACCGGGUUUACAAGAGGAAUUUUCUAGCAUUUGGAGCUGGACCCCAUGCAUGUGUGGGACAAAGGUAUGCUAUAAACCAUUUGAUGUUAUUUAUUGCUAUGUUUACGGCUUUGAUUGAUUUCAAGAGGCAUAUAACGGACGGUUGUGAUGAAAUCUCGUAUAUUCCUACAAUUGCUCCGAAGGAUGAUUGCAAAGUGUUCCUAUCACAGAGGUGUACUCGAUUCCCAUCUCUUUCAUGGUGAUCAAAUUCCCCUCUUUUUUAAUUUAAAUUCUGAUCAUCCAUAUUGGUCCCAUUAAAAAAGAGGAGUAAUUGCAAGAAUGGGGUCAAUGUGUAUUUGUUAUUUCCAUUUUUUUGUUUUCUUUGUUCUUUAAUUUUAAUGAUUUGUGAAUACAUGUAACUUGAUCAAAUGAUCAAGAUUCUUUGGGGGUGCUUGUUGGAGCAAAUGAUGGAGUGGCAAACAUUUGGGGUUGUGUGGAAAUUCAAUGAAAUAAAUUAUUCCUUUUAGUUAA